AUGCCGCUAUCUAAGUUCGAUGGGCCUGCUGGCAUGAGAGACAGGAUGCGUGAUACUCUCUUAGUUCACAGGAACGAACUUGUUUCUCUUCUCUCCAGGUAUGUGGCUAAGGGAAAAGGGAUACUGCAAGCACAUGAGUUGGUAGGUGAACUGGUCAAUAUAAUUAAGGAAGAUGAAACAAUGCAGAAGCUUAAUGACAGUCCCUUUGUUGAAGUCCUUGAAUCUGCACAGGAAGCUAUAGUUCUGCCUCCAUUUGUGGGAAUGGCGCUUCGUCCAAGGCCUGGUGUUUGGGAAUAUGUUCGUGUUAACGUCUAUGAACUCAGUGUGGAUAAUUUGAGUGUGUCUGAAUAUCUUCAAUUCAAAGAAGAACUUGUGGAUGGAGAGUGUAAUGGGAAAUAUGUGCUAGAACUUGAUUUUGAGCCAUUUAAUGCAUCGUUCCCACGACCAACACGGUCAUCAUCCAUUGGAAAUGGAGUUCAAUUCCUCAACCGCCACCUAUCGUCAAUUAUGUUCCGGAACAAAGAGAGUUUGGAGCCUCUGCUUGAUUUUCUCCGGACUCAUAAACAUGAUGGUCAUGCGAUGAUGUUGAAUGAAAGGAUACAAAGCAUAUCCAAACUUCAAUCUGCUUUAUCAAGGGCAGAGGAACAUCUUUCUAAGUUCCCACCUGAUGCACCAUCCUCAGACUUUGAAUUUCGGUAA